AUGAAGAAACAAAAAUAUUUGGAGGAAACUGGUCAUUUAGGAAAUGUAAUAAAAGGAUGGGAAGGGUACUUGAGCAUGAAGAAUUCUAAGUUGGGUGUAAAUCUAUAGAGAAAAGACAAGUUAAAUCCAAAUGAUAGAAUAUUUUCAUAGAGUAGCAAAACAUCACCUUUUGUACAGGAGAUUUUACAACCUGUUUAGACAACUGGACCUUAAAUAUAAGUGUUGAAUGAAGGAAGUGGAGAGGAGAAAAAAGAAUAUCAUUUCAGAAGGACGAAGAAAAAUAAUAAAUAUGUUAGAUUUCAAAAUGGGUAAAAUCACAUUUAAUAUAUUUUAGUGAAGGGGGAUUUCAUUCUCCAAUGACUUGUAGUGAUGAAUAUCAUGAGAAGAAGGGCAAGGUACAAAAGAGGAUUUGA